UGUUACUUAUUUUCAGACAAACACUACGUUACAGAAGUCCCCAUCUAUAAUUAUAAAUCAUCUUUUUGAUAUUAGCGAAGUUGAUGACGUAAUUGUUUGUGAUGAAACAGAUUUUAUUUCAGCUAAUAAAAGCUCUGAAUCCAACGACUUUGUUAUAAAUACUAUGGAACACAUUAUAGAUUCUUUUGUUAGCAAUGCAUUUAACAUUUUAUUUGGACAAGACGGUCAGGAAGAUGACUCUCUAUCUCACUACAGCGAGGAUCUCACUGACAAAUCAAGCUAUUCUUUUCUAAAUGACAUUGCUGAUGUUCCUAAAGAUACAUGUCUAAAGAUAAAAGAAGAUGACGUUUGCGAUAAAAAGAUUGAUGAUGAGAAGAGCUCAAGUAAUGGGAUUGCAAAUGAAAAUGAGAAAAAUGAUAAUGAAGUUGCUUUUUAUGAAAAUGUUUAUUUAACACUGAAUCGCGAUUAUGAACCAUGUUCGGAUGAGGAAGAACCUGUGCUGCAAGAUCCAAAGACAGUGCCAAUGCAAGAAGUGGAACUAUUAACCGCUAAUACAUCUUCAGAAAAUGUAGAGCUACAUCAAGAAAAAAAGGAAUUAGGUUCCUGUGCAAUGUCUACCUCAGUGGCUGGUUCUCGAAAGAGCAGUCUUGUGCACCGAUGUCGUAUCCAAGGAGCGAGGCUGUUGUCAUGCUUCAGAGGAUGGUGGUGGAGACGCAAGUUGCCCGGCAAACGAAAGGUACCGCGUGCGCCUGGAUCGAUUCGUGGCCUCUGCCCUCUGUCGCCGGACGUGCGACGCAGAGCGGCUAGUCUUCUAGACCAACGGCAUUUAGGAAGCCCCACCCCUUCCACAUCUUUGGCUUGGAAAUUUAAUACUAUUAACGAGAGUCUCGUUAAUUCGUCACGCUGGAAGGAACUCGCCUUAAAGAAGAGUCUAAACGAAAACGACGAAUUUUAACCUUUAAAAUUGUCUUUCUAAUUAAUACAAUAAAUUUUCCAUAAAAAUACA